AUGGGGUCCUCAUCGGCUGCUAAUUCCAGCAGUCGUGCUUCUUCGCCGACGCAACCUCCUCCGCCCGAGCCUCCGAUUAACCAUCCUUUGGCCGCUCAAACCCAUCCCGAUCAUCAACAGCAGCAGCAGCAGCCACCUGCGUCUACUGCUUCGACUGCCCGCCGCUUCGCCAACUUGAGGAUCAGACAGCGACUGGCAACAUGGCAUGCGCAUGACCACCACACUCACUCCACUGACGAUCUUGACGAAAACACCAUGCCGUCCGUACAGUCGCCGCGAGGCAACUUCAACCAGAAGUUGAAGAACUUCUUCAAAAUCAACAACGACUCAAAGUCAUCGCACUCUUCUGAAAAGAAUCAGGACUCGGGCGCGCCAAAACACAAUGAUGCCAAGAAUAAGGGGAACCGGAACACCAAGUUCUUCGCAACCGUCGGCCGUCUUAGGUCGACGACGACGGCCAGCGAAGGCAAUCCACUCGAUGAGGCCAUGAGUCCAACUGCUCACGCCAACCCCUACUACGCUCUGCAAGGGCAACCUGCUCUCCAGCACCACAAUGAUUUGGCUGUCCCGCCAAGUCCUCCUGAUACUCCGUCCCUGAAGAUUUCUGGCCCCGACAGCGCACAGGCGCACGCCUCCACAGCCACAAAGGAAGAAUUGGCAAGGAAACUCCGAAAAGUCGCAAGUGCUCCAAAUGCUCAUGGCCUCUUUUCCAAAGGCGGUCCCAAUGGUGAGCGCCCUGCGACUGCCGAACUCGGCAAAGAACCACUUGAGCACAGCUCCGAUGCUGUUGGUCUCGUGGAUAAGGCUGCUUCUACCGACAAUGGAAGCCUUGCCGUGCCUGAUAAGGACGGGCUCGGUGCUCUGCCAUCACCCGGUCUCAACCCGUUGGCCUUCCGGAGGACCUACAGCUCAAAUUCCAUCAAAGUGCGCACUGUCGAAGUCGGUCCCUCGAGCUUUGACAAAAUAAAGCUCAUUGGAAAGGGUGACGUUGGUAAAGUUUACUUGGUGAGGGAAAAGAAGAGCUCCCGGCUAUAUGCGAUGAAGGUGUUGAGCAAAAAGGAAAUGAUCAAGAGAAACAAGAUCAAGAGAGCUCUCGCCGAGCAAGAGAUUUUGGCUACGAGCAAUCAUCCAUUUAUUGUUACACUAUACCACUCCUUCCAGUCGGAGGACUAUCUCUACCUAUGCAUGGAAUACUGCAGUGGUGGAGAGUUUUUCAGAGCACUGCAGACACGUCCUGGCAAGUGCAUUCCCGAAGACGAUGCGCGCUUUUAUGCUGCCGAGGUCACCGCGGCGUUGGAAUACCUGCAUCUCAUGGGAUUCAUCUACCGUGAUCUGAAGCCAGAGAACAUCUUGCUUCACCAAUCUGGACACAUCAUGUUGUCGGACUUUGAUCUUUCAAAACAGUCGGACCCAGGUGGCAAGCCGAUCAUGAUCAUGGGCGGAAAGGGAAAUUCCUCAGCAAUGCCUGCGAUUGACACCAAAUCGUGUAUUGCCAAUUUCCGCACCAACUCCUUUGUGGGAACUGAGGAGUAUAUCGCGCCAGAAGUGAUCAAGGGCAGUGGGCACACAAGUGCCGUGGACUGGUGGACUCUUGGUAUCCUCAUCUAUGAAAUGCUUUAUGGCACUACGCCUUUCAAGGGUAAGAACCGAAAUGCGACAUUUGCAAACAUUCUCCGAGAGGAAAUCCCCUUCCCAGAGCAUACAGGAGCGCCCCAAAUCUCAAAUUUGUGUAAAUCUUUGAUCCGUAAGCUCCUCAUCAAGGACGAGACUCGACGAUUGGGAUCUCGUGCUGGCGCCUCCGACAUCAAGGCGCAUCCAUUCUUCCGUACAACGCAGUGGGCCCUUAUUCGUCACAUGGCCCCGCCCAUUAUUCCUCACAUUAGCAAAGAUAAUGAGACCAUCAACUUCAGAAAUGUGAAGGAGAGUUACAGCGUCGAUAUCAGUGGUACCAGGAACUCAAAUCUCAAGGGUGUACCUCUCGACAGCGGACUUGCAACUCCAGGAAACGAGAUCGUGGAUCCUUUUGAGGAGUUCAACAGUGUAACGCUACACCACGACGGCGAUGAUCAUUAUGGCAGCCAAAGCUCGAUAGAACCAGCGCGGUAG